AUGAGCUCUUGCAUUGCAUCGGUCGAGGCCAUAAAAUUCUACCGUGGUGUUGUGUCGUCUGGCAUGAAAGUACAUAUUUCUGUAGGAUUCGAUACGAUAAUGGCGGAAUGCCAGUUUCUGAGGUCUGAAGGUGACGAAUACGAGCAACUUCCCCGCCUUGAACCUCCGUGCUUAUGUUGGUUGAUAUUCAAUCGGGCGAUCUACACUCGUCCUUGUGCCUUUUAUAUGGCCUCAAAAUUGGAUCAUCAGGGUCGAGGAUGUCGCUUUUUGUUCCAUGGUCAGUUCGGCGACUCGGUAAAGGAGCGCAAAAUUCGUCGUUUUAUUCGACGACAACGAGUUGGUCGUGUAGAGAGAGUGGAGAAUGUGAGAAGCAUUGUCUGCAAUUCCUUAUUCAAGAAAGAGACAAAGAUUAGUGCUUUUGAAGGCAUACCGGUCAUUCUGAAUACGGGAGAGACUGGAAAGAUAGUGGGAGCUUUCGGAAAAGGUGGGAAAGUCCGAGUAGAGAUGACCACGCUGUUGUUGGAAUCGACUGUAGAGAAGAUCGCUGCUGAUGAAACCGUGGAAGUAUCUAUGUAUUUGAAGAAAUAUCUAGGGGAGAAGAAGAUCGAAGGCUACUUGCCUAGCGGUUUAGCCUAG